UUUCGUUAUCACGUCAACGUGAAGUCAUGAACGCAUUUUUCUUGUGGCUUGCCAUUUUGUUCUUUCACUUUUAUUACCUUUAUUCUUUUGAUCUGUUCUCUAACCUCCUUAACCAGAAACAAUUUUGCCUCGACGGCUCCUCUAUCGUAGACCAUGCCAUACACUCUACCAAAGCUAUUAUUUAUAGCUUUGUUCACUAUGCAAGGGUCUGCCAUUCCAUAUCUCGCCAUCUUUUAUGACCAAGCUUUACAUCUCUCCUCUAAUCAAAUUGGAAUAUUGUUAGCCAUUGCGCCAUUCAUUCAAUCUGUGGCAUGUCCUGUUUGGACCUUGGUAGCUGAUAGGUGGCCGAAGUGGCACGGUACCCUUAUGGCGGUGCUGGCUUUGAUUGGCGGCUCCGCUAUCGUAUCUAUGUCUUUAUUACCUGCUCUGUUGAUCGAUAAGGAAGACCUUACUAUGCCCUUUACGUGUGUCUUGGCCCUGAUGUUUGCUUUUUUUGGCUCUCCACUGAUGGCGUUGGUGGAUAGUGCUGUGUUAAAAAUCCUGGGCAACCACAAAAUUCUGUAUGGCGAGCAGCGGUUAUGGGGCUCCAUAUCGAAUGGUCUAAGCAUCUUGGCCGUCGGAUUGCUGAUUUCAGCUACUGGAAAUAAUCUCAAUGUGGCAUUUUAUGUCUUUGCUGCUGGUAGUGUGCUAUUCAUUGUUCUGUCGCUAUUUGCUAAAGUCGAGUCCAAUGACGAUAGCAUGCUUGAGGAUGAUCUUGAUCAAGAUACUAGACCGCUUUUGAAAAAUAAUCUUGCUCCAAAUUAUGUCUGGCCACCGGAUCAACCUGCCGACUCUGAGGAUGACGAUGUACAAUCGUCGGUUGUUACUCAGCAUCAAGGACAACUUGUUGAUAGACGGGACAGUCGUAUAAGCUUUGCUAAUACUGUGCUUUCGGAUGAGCACGGGCAUAGAAACAGUUUGAGGCUUCAUCGCACUUCCACUUCGAUGGCUCGGGAUGUUCAUCUAGAGGCUAGUGAGCUGAUGGAAUCGCUUGAUCGUAUUCCUUCCCUUGGACUCGCUCUUUCACAUAUCCCAUCCAUGGAAUCAUCCCUAGCCUUCCUUAUACCCCAUCCUGAAGAAGACAAUAUAGCUCCUCCUCCAAGCUCGCUAAAAUCUAGAAAGGUCAUCACCUUCCUUUUGAGUAUGUUGAUAUUUGGCGUUUCUUUCUCUAUGAUCAAUCAAUUCCUAUUUCUCUACCUCCGUAACGAUCUUGGUGUCGAUUCUUCCAUUUUGGGAUGGACUGGACCUGUGGGAGGUAUAACGGAAGUUCUGACUUUUUGGGUAUCGAAGCAGCUUUUCGAUCGGUUUGGAGUGACAGUAUUGAUGGUGUCUGCUCAUUGUAUUACCAUUGUACGAUCCUCCCUCUACACGCUUCUAGUACCAGGCUCGCCAAUGACAAGCGCCUUUGCUCUUGCCUUGCAAACGCUCAAUGGAAUAGCUUUUGCAACUAUUUGGUCAACAGCUGUUAGUGAAGUAGAUUCAUUUUUCCCUCCGGAGCAGCGGGCAAUUGCACAAGGUACCCUCGCUGCUCUACAUAUGGGAGCAGGAUUUGGAAUUGGAUGUGUCGUGGGAGGAAUGAUAUAUGAAGCUCUGGGUGCUCAUGCUUUGUACCAUGCUGCAUCUUUGCUCACAGGAGUCAGUCUUGUAAUAUUUUUGAUUGGAAGAAUCAAAAGUUCAUAGAUUGUUUCCCCUUUCAAGCAAAAUAAAAUCUGGUAGUUGCUCCAUUUCGUGAUUCUUUAGUUAUCAUUCCCAUCACGCAACGUACGCAUGAAACAGUUGAUAGUGUUGUUGGCCAUCAC